AAAUCUGAAUACGCCCUGACUGAUAUCGUGCAAGGUUCUUGGAAGGGUAACAUCAAUAUAAAAACACUGUUACUCUAAGCAGAUAUCAUUCAGUGAAUAGCAUCCUGAGGAAUAGCAUCUCAUAGAAAAAUAAUACAAUUAAAGAAAUGGCUGGUUUAAAGAUCGUGUCAACCCUUGCACUGCUGUCAGUUGUAUCAGCAGGUCACCUGGGCCACCUGCAAGCCCCUGGCUACAACGCAUUCGGUGCCAACGCAUACACGGCCGGCUCGGCUUCAGCUUACACCGGUGGCUAUGGGGCGCACAUCCCCAUACUGAGAUACGAGAACGUCAACAAUGGAGAUGGAACUUAUAGAUACAACUACGAGACUGGGAACGGCAUCUCAGCUCAUGAGAGUGGAGCCCCCCGCGCCCCUGGACCCGAAGGUCUUGCAGUGACAGCUGAAGGAGGGUUCUCAUACCGCGCCCCCGACGGCCAGCAGGUGUCGCUCACGUAUACCGCGGACGAGAACGGCUUCCACCCCACCGGCUCCCACAUCCCCACCCCGCCACCCAUCCCAGAAGCCAUCCUCCGCUCCAUUGAGUUCAACAGGCAGCAUCCUUCAUCCGGUGAGGGUUCUUACAAUGGCCGCUACCACCACGGGUACAACUACUGAGUGACAUCAACGACUGACUGCGGCUAUCAACGGACCGAUCCAGCAUUAACAUACACUUGUUGUUUAAUAAACAUCGCUAUUUAUUCCAGUAUUAAAUGUUAUUUUUAUAGGCUUUAAAUAAAGUUAUAAGAAUGUA